AUGUCUAUCACAGUAACAAAUGAAGUUACGAUACCCCUUCUAAGUCUGGAUGAACCUCCUGAUGAAUCGACUUCAAUCGUACUCACUGGCGGUCAACUGAAAAUUUCCGGUAGUCCUAAAGGCAACAAGAAAGACGAUGAGUUGAUUGAAUUGGUUGAGUUGGUUCACAAACGAAAGGAUAAAGUUGAACGUCCUUCGGCACUUGCUAUCCCGACCACGCUUCUCAGACCAAGCUCAAAUCCACCGAUUGUCCCCUUCCCGGCAUCAUCCACACGACACAAUCGCAAUCGAUCCGCUGAUUUUGAUCGUGGCACAACGCAACUGCUGAAUCCUCCAAAAACCGACACCAGAUUGUCGUGGUCUCCAAGAAAAUUUAGCGAUUGUAUUUUGAACGAGGCGAAUGAAAAUCAACGAAAUGGUUAG